AGCUGUUCAAGGUUGUUGACCAAAAGUUGGGCUCUAAAAUGGCUGGCCUAAGCGUUGACGAUGUGAAGGUGUCGCUGCAGAAGUUCGGACUGUACGACUACGUGGUGUUUGUGUUGAUGCUGCUCAGCUGCGUGAUGAUCGGGGUUUACUUUGGGUUUCUCAAGAAGAAAGCCAAGAAAGGCGAAGCCGAGGCGGAUUACUUAGUGGGCAAUCGGCAGAUGAAAAUCAUCCCUGUGUCCCUGUCACUGAUUGCGAGCUUCAUCUCGGGGAUCUCACUACUCGGCACACCGACCGAGAUCUACCUUUACGGCGUCCAGUACAUGUACAUCAUCGGCGGAGUCAUCACAAUGGGCUUCAUCAUGGUUCACUUCUACCUGCCCGUGUUCCAUAACCUCAAACUAACGUCCACCUACCAAUAUCUGCAAACCCGGUUCGACAAACGAAUGCGUCUGUUCGGUUCAAUUCUGUUUACCUUGGCCACGAUGGCGUGGCUGCCGAUCGUGAUCUACGUACCGGCGCUCGCCUUCAAUCAGGUAACGGGGAUCAAUGUGCACCUCAUUACCCCGAUCGUGUGCGUGAUCUGCAUUUUCUACACGUGCGUCGGAGGGCUGAAGGCCGUGGUGUGGACCGAUGUCGUCCAAACGGUGCUCAUGUUCGGCGCCAUGCUGCUGAUCAUCGUGAAGGGCACGCUCGAUGUUGGCGGCCUCUCGGUGGUGAUGGAUCGGGCGGCAGCUAGCGGGCGAAUCGAGGGCCCCGAUCUGCGUUUUGACAUGACCACACGCCAUAAUAUCUACUCGUGCGUGAUCGGUGGGGUCGUGUACUGGCUGAAAACGAACGCCGUCAGCCAGAACAUGAUCCAGCGCUACCUGUCACUGCCGACACUGGCGGCCGCCAAGCGAGCCCUGUGGACGUUCAUCUUCGGAACGCUGGUGCUGUUGGGCCUCUGCUGCUACAGUGGUCUGCUGAUCUACGCGAAGUACUACGACUGUGAUCCGCUGACGACGAAGCUGGCCAAAGCGAAGGACCAACUGUUGCCGCUGCUGGUGAUGGACACGCUGGGAGACUUCCCGGGACUGCCGGGACUGUUCGUGGCCGGUGUGUUUUCCGCCGCGCUGAGUUCCCUCUCGACCGGACUCAACUCCAUGUCGGCCGUGGUGCUGGAGGACUUCUUCAAACCGUUCUCCAAUCGACCCCUGUCGGAGAAGCAAACAUCGAUCAUCAUGCGGGCGGUAGUGGCCGUGUUCGGCUCGAUCUGUGUCGGUCUGGUGUUGGUGGUGGAAAAGCUAGGCUCCGUGCUGCAGCUUUCGAUGAGCCUGGGCAGUGUCAGCAAUGGCCCACUGCUCGGAAUAUUCACCUUAGGGGUGCUCGUGCCCUGGGCCAAUGGGACGGGAGCCAUCGCGGGAGGCAGCGUGGGACUCGUGAUAAUGAUCUGGGUGUGUCUAAAAGCCCAGCUGGCCAUCUCGACCGGAGAGCUAGCGUUUGAGACGAAGCCCGUCGAUACGCAGGGAUGCAGCUACCAUUUCAUUGCCUCCGAGCCGAUGAGUAUGCUGGCGAUCAACGCCACGGCCCCGUCGCUCGAUUCGACACCAAUUGAUCCCGGAUUCGCGCUGCACCACGUGUCCUACCUUUGGUACACGACGAUGGGAGCGUCGAUAACGAUCAUCGUCGCCAUCAUCGUUUCGUUUGCCGUGGGACCCAACAAGCCGGACGAGAUGAAUCCCAACCUCUUCUCGCCCUUCAUCCAGCGUAUCCUUGCCCGCCGACGGAUAGCGAGCCAGCGGGCCCAGCUCGAGAUGGUGUCCGGUGGCAGCAAAAAGAUUAUCCAGUGAUUGAUUCACCAACCAGUGCCAGGAGU